GUGUCUCUCGGCAAUAUGGCGUUGUUCGGGCUUGGUAUGUUCUUCCAUCUCGCCAGAUCUCAACCAAAACCGAGUCCCGUGACCGGAGUGGAAGUGCCUCGGUUCGGCAGAUUCACCAGCCAUUGCUUCUCCGCAGGGUCUUAGUUAAAGCCGUACUCCGCAUCUUCUCUUUGUUCUUCAUCCUCCACGACCCAUCACUGCCCCUUUCGUAACCAACUAUACCCUUCUACAGCACAUUUCAAGAUGACGGAACGCCUCAAGAACAUCGUCAACCAGCUCACGCCCUCGUCGAGCGGACUGUCGGCCAUCACCACCAAGAACCCCGACGAUGUAGUCAUCACGCUCGCUAUCCGCACACCACUCUGCAAGGGGCGCAGGGGCGGCUUCAAGGACACACCGCUCGACGCCAUGCUGUUCAAGCUGCUGCAGCAAGUCGUCGCCAAGUCGAAUCUCGACCCUGCUCUUGUUGAGGACAUCUGCGUCGGCAACGUGUCCGACUCCAAGGCCUCGUACUUCACCCGUGCCGCGUCGCUGGCUGCCGGCUUCCCCAACACAACCUCGGCUGUUGUCGUGAGCCGAUUCUGCUCCUCGGGCCUGAAGUCGGUGCAGGACAUCGCCCAGUCCAUCGCAUGCGGCAGCAUCGAGAUCGGGCUCGCCAUGGGCGCCGAAGACAUGACAGCCGGCGGCGACGUCCUCGACAGGCCGUACUGCGACGAGAUCCUCAAGAACUCCGAGGCAGCCGACUGCAUGAAGCCCAUGGGCUGGACAUCGGAGAACGUCGGCGCCGACUUCAACAUCUCGCGCGAGAGGCAGGACAGGUACGCGACCGAGUCGUACCACCGCGCCGAGGUGGCGCAGAAAGCAGGCUGGUUCGCCGACGAGAUCGUGCCCAUCGAGACGACGAUCAAAGACGCCAAGACAGGCGUCGAGACACCCGUCACGCUCACAAAGGACGAAGGCCCCCGCUACGGCACCACAUUCGAGAGCCUGCAGAAGAUCAAGCCCGCCUUCCUCCCCUGGGGCGACAAGUCCCACGCCGGCAACUCCUCCCAAAUCACAGACGGCGCCGCCGCCGUGCUGAUGAUGAAGCGCUCCAUGGCCGAGAAGCUCGGCCAGCCCAUCCUCGCGAAAUACGUCGGCGCUACCGUCGCCGGCCUGCCCCCUCGCAUCAUGGGCAUCGGGCCCACCGUCGCGAUCCCCAAGCUGCUCAACCAGUUCAACCUCACCGUCGACGACAUCGAUAUCAUCGAGCUCAACGAGGCGUUUGCCUCCAUGGCCGUCUACUGUGUUGAGAAUUUGAAACUCGACCAUGCUAAGGUUAAUCCCAGGGGUGGUGCCAUUGCGCUGGGUCAUCCCCUUGGCUGCACGGGUACAAGGCAGAUUGUCACGGGUUUGAGUGAGGCGAGGAGGCAGAAGAAGAAGAUUCUGCUUACUAGUAUGUGUAUCGGGACGGGCAUGGGUAUGGCGGGGUUGUUUGUCAAUGAGCAGAUUUGA